AUGGAGGAUGGUAUAGUUUUCAGUAUGUGGAGGAAUUUUGAUUUGGACUGGUCAGCUCAGAACUCAGUUGGGAACUCUGGUGGAAUUUUAACCAUGUGGAAUACUGUCAGAAUCUCUGCUUGUUUUAGUUUUAGUGGGAAAGGAUUCUUAGUCCUAAAUUUUGUUUGGAAUAACCAUAGGUUGAUGGUGAUCAACGUUUACGUGCCUUGUGGAUCAGCUGAUAAGAGGAAGCUAUGGAGAGAUUUGAUUAAAAUUAAGAACAAUUACCCUGAUAUUGGUUGGAUCGUGGGAGGGGAUUUUAAUGCGGUGAAAAAUAGGGAGGAAAGGAAGGGCAUAAGUGGUUUUAACAGUAGGGAUGUGAAGGAGUUAUGUGAUUUCAUUGAGGAAAUUAAUUUGGUGGAUUUACCGAUGUUUGGGAGCCGUUUCACUUGGUUCAAUUCUAAGGGUAAGAGCAAAAGUAGGCUGGAUAGAGUUUUGGUUGAUCACAGGGUUAUUUAUUUGUUUACUCUGAAGAAUCUAGUGGUGGGGGAUAGAGGCAUAUCGGAUCAUCGGCCGGUGUGGUUGAAGUCCAAUUUCAUCAAUUGGGGACCAAAACCUUUUAGGACUUUCAACUGUUGGUUCUACCACAAGGAUUUCAUCCCGUUCGUUACGAAACCGUGGCGAUCUUACCAAUUUACAGGUUCUUUCUGCAGCAUCCUUACUAAGAAAUUUCAAGCUCUUAAAUCAGACCUCAGGAUUUGGAAUCUCAAAGUGUUUGGUUGGCUGGAUUUGAACAUAGAGGAUAAUAUCUAUAAGUUCAAAAAGCUGGAACUGGAAUUAGAUGUGGAGUCUAAUCAGCAAUCUACCGAUCUGGACAAAGAGAAACUGCGUUGGCUCCAAAAUGGGGAUCUUAAUACCAAAUGUUUUCACGACUCCCUUAAAUCCAGGCAUAGGUUGAAUCAUCUCUCAGCUAUUGUAGUGGAAGACAGGAAUGUGGAAGAACCUGAGAAUAUUAAGGAUGAAGCGAUUAAGUUCUUUAAGGACAAAUUCACGCAAUCAAACUCGAAAAAAUUCAGAAGUGAUUUGGCUUUGGCUGCCUGUCUAGAUGAGGAAGACAAACAGUUUCUGGAAACAAAUUUUAGCACCUUUGAUGUUACAAAGGCUAUUUUUAGUUGUGACGGUAACAAAUUCCCCGGUGUCGAUGGAUUUAAUUUUAAAUUCAUAAAAUCAUGUUGGGAAAUAGUAGGUCAGGACUUCUCGAAUUGCAUUUUGGAUUUCUUCAAGACAGGAUUUCUCCCUAGGAUGUUUGCGUCCUCUUUCAUUUCGUUGGUUCCGAAGAUCUCCAAUCCGCAACAAUUUGAAGAUUUCAGGCCAAUUUCUCUUAUUAGUUGUAUCUCCAAGGUAAUCUCCAAGAUGCUUGCUUGUAGUUUGAGCAAGGUUAUUCAUAAAAUUAUAUCUCCUUCUCAAACAGCUUUUAUACCGGGUCGACAAAUUUACGAUGGGGUUCUGCUGGCCAAUGAAAUAGAAGAUUAUGCUAAGAGAUUUAAAAUGGAAUGUCUGUUUUUCAAAGUCGACUUUGCUAAAGCCUACAACUGUGUCGGCUGGAUUUUCCUAGAUGAAAUGCUUGUUAAGAUGGGUUUUGGUCUUAAUUGGUUAAAGUGGAUUAGAGGAUCAGUGUUCAAGAGUUACGUUUCGAUCCUUAUUAAUGGAAGUCCUUCGAAGAAUUUCAAGGUUGGAAGGGGUCUGAAGCCACUACGCCAAAAUUGA